CUGCUCGUCUCACUUCCUGGUUGACUAUGUGAAUUUGUCCAAACAUGACCGCGUGUGCUGUGUACAGGUAGAAUAGAUACAAGGUGUACCUCUUUUUGUACCUCAUGGCUUCUGUCAGGGACCUGCAAGCUCGACGAGUUGAAAAUAAUAAUACACGCACUCUGUUUAACUCAGAAGGCGUUUAUGAAGCAGCAGAAGAUAAUUCAUCCCAGCUCAUUCUGGAGAACCCCGAUCCUGAUAUCGUCAAAACAAUCUCACAUUAUUUCGAGGCUGCUCUCAGUGGGCAGAAAUAUGUGUUACCCCAUCCCGUCACAGACCAUGGCACUGAGUCUUCAGCAGACAGUAGGGAUUCAGGGGACAGCCUGUUCAUAACUCAAGUGCCAGUGUCUGAGGUGGUGAGGUCUGUGAGAAGAUGUCACUCAAAGGAGAGGUCAGAGUUCACAUGUACCAUAGAAUCAGAGGAGGAGAGCGGGGAGGAAGAUGGACCUGCCACUCCCCAAAGGAAGCAGCAGGUCUCACAUGCAAUGAAACAUCACAAGAGGAAAGCAGAGAAGCAUGGCCUGAAAAAGUACUCCUUUCCCUUCCUGGGGAGCGUUUACAGAAGUAAACCCCUAUCUAGUCGAGAGAGGACUUACAGAAACACACACCUACCACUAUUAAAGAGUGUGACCUUCUCGAGUAAGGCAAUUGGAGGCUUUUUUAGAUGCGUCAAAACACUGAAGAAGUUCUCUAAAGGAAAAGCGACUUUAGCCUCAGCUUUACCAAACAGAUAUCUGGAUGAGGAAGGUGAACUGUCUCCACUGUCAGAACAGGAGGUGGAAUCUGAAGGUAGUGAUGAUGACAUCAGAGUGGUGGAAAAUACACUUUUAAUGCCAUUCCUGAAAAAGAAAAAUAGGCAAACUUGGUGUCAUCCAUCAUCUGAAGCUGAAAAGCAAUGCAGAAAGUUUUCAUCUGUAAGCAAAUACUUCACCAAAGACUCCACAUCAGUAAGCAAAGACUCCACCGCCAAGACAAAGAAACGGAGCACAAAGAAAACACAACACCUCCCUCAUGUUAAACAAACUCUUUCCUUGGUUUCCAAAAUGAUUAAAGACACACCAUCAAAGCAGAGUUUUGCUGGUUCACAGCGAAUCUUACCUGAGAAAUGUAACAUGGCAGAAAAAGAGACUAACCCAGAGUCAAUGAGUUGCGUUAGGAGAUGUUCAUCUGGUAGGAGUUUGGUCCGCAAUGAAACACAAGAACCUGGGAUACAUUUAGCUGARAAUACAGAUGGACAGGAAGAGAACGACAACAUGGACAUUUCAUUGACAGAAUGGAAGACAAUGCUGAAUAUCGGAUUUGUCAGUGAGGAAGUAGAGGGGACUAGAAUAGACCAGGCAGUGGACAUAACGAGUUCACCUAUUAAUGAAGUGCAGGAAAGUGAAGGAAGCUGUUUGGAGAGGACCCAAGUGGGCAGAGCCAUGACCCCCAGUGUGACUGAGCAGAGCCCUGAUCGUGACCAUCAGAACCAGACAAGAGAAACAGAGGCUGAUCCUGGAACUAAAGGUCACAACCCCCCUUCAACAGAACCAGAGCUCACAAAUGACUGUACAAAUGUUGAUGUUGGGGGAGAUUAUGAACAGAAGGGAAAGAAGAGGAAGAAAAAGAACAGGAAAAUAGAGGGAGGAGAUGAUGAAAGUAUAGAGGACCGAGUUGUGCAGCCUCCAUGCCAAGAGGCUCCAGAUUAUCAGGAACUAGUCACCUGUGUGAGUACAAGCCCCAUACAGGGAGGAGAGGCUACUGAGAGAACCCAGGAUAACAAGGCAGAGCAUUCUGUUUCCGCGUCUGGUGAAAUGAUUACGCCACAGAAAAAGAAGAGAAAAAAGGAGAGGAGGAGGGAUUCACCAUGCCAUGCUGAUACAGAUAUAGGCCUAAAACAGGAAGAGAACCCCAAGCUAUCAUCCCAUGCUGGAGGUGGUGCUAUAGUUCAGAACGAAGACAUAGAACUGAAGAAAAUGAAGAAAAAGUAUAAGAAUUCCACAGCACAUGCCAUCCUGGAGGAAGGACCAGAAAAAGGACAUUUUCUGAAUUUGAGUUUGGAAUCACAGUUAGAUGAGGUAAUAGGACCCCAAAAGGGAACAAACAUUUCAACCCUCCCUGAAGAUACUGUCACAAACCUACAGGUAAAUGCUACUGAUAUAAGACAGAAAACAAUUGAGUGCUCUAUAGUCCAACUUACUAAAUUGGUAGCCCAGAGAAAGAAGCAUAAAACCAUGGCACCAAUAGACAAUUCUUUGGCACAGAGUGACGGCACAAUUUAUUUUAGGAAAAAGAAAAAGGCAAAGAAAGAUGGGGAUUCCUGCAGCAAUGAAAUGGUGGGAAAUUAUACUGAAAUUCCUCUGACUACAAGUACUUUAUCUCAAUCUGGUCAAAUCGAUACACUGGAGAAGAAAAAACGCAAACGAGAUAAGAAACAGAAUUCUGACAUUCAUGAAGAUUCUGAGGCCAGACCCAAAGAGAAUGUUGUGAGCCAUGAGAGGUCUGAAGACAAGGUCACGGAGAAGAAGAGGAAAAAGAAGAAGAGGAGGAAAUCUUCAACUGACGAUGGCGCCGUUGUUCAACUACAAGAGGAUAAUAUUCAAAAAUUCCAUAUCACCCUCAAGAGUACUGUGUCUGAAUCCAAUGACACUGUGCCACCAAGAAAAAAGCGAAAGAAAGAUAGGGAUUUAGUAACUCCUUUGAGCACAGAGGAGAGACGUCAAAAGGACAGCAUACCACCUGAAACAGAUGAGAUCACUAGCCCAAGAAAGAUAAAGAAGAAAAAGCGAGAUGGGUCUAAAGACACUUGUUCUGUCAUACACAAGGAUACAGCAGCUCCACUGGAAAAAGAGAGUAUUGGCAUAUCUUUGGAGGGGUGUGAGAGGUCUGCUUUGACUCCAGAUGACACAGUUUCUCAGAGAAAAAAUAAGAAAAAUAAGAAUUCCCUCACCAAACAUGAUCCUGAGGGAAGACUGAAAAAUGAUGCAACUAAAAUAUCUCAGAGGAUGAGCGCAACUGUAAAAAAUUCUAGACCAGAAGAGAAAAAAGAGAUAGAUACAACUGAAGUGAGACUUGAAGCUGAAAGUGCCUUUAUAUCCUCAGAGAGAAAGAGGAAAAAGACAAAGAGGCGGAAAUCCACUGAUUACGAAGUACCAGCGGUAGGACAUCAAGAUAAUGAUUACACUGCAAUAUUAAUUGAAACGACUCAGAGUURUAUGACCCAAUACACAGAAACAGAGUCACAGAAGAAGAAGAAGAAGAAAAGAAAUGAUAACACUGCAAUGCUAAUUGAAACAACCCAGAGUUCUAUGACCCAAUACACAGAAACAGAGUCACAGAAAAAGAAGAAGAAGAAAAGAUAUGAUAACACUGCAAUGCUAAUUGAAACGACRCAGAGUUCUAUGACCCAAUACACAGAAACAGAGUCACAGAAGAAGAAGAAGAAGAAGAAAAGAAAUGAUAACACUGCAAUGCUAAUUGAAACAACCCAGAGUUCUAUGACCCAAUACACAGAAACAGAGUCACAGAAGAAGAAGAAAAUAAAUAGAAAAUCUAACAAGGAAUCAGUUGCCCCGAAGCACACAGAUGGAAGACAGACCGGGGAGAUGUCAGAGGCGACGUCAGACUGUCUGCCUUUACCACAGAUUAAUCCUGAUCCUGUAUCAAUCUCCCAUGAACUGGUUUCAUCAGCAGAGAAGAAGAAGAAGAAGAAGAAAAAGAAGCAUGGAAAAGAUGCAAAUCAGGAUUACCUCGCAACCGAACACAUUGACUCAGUGGUGAUGACAUGAAGCAUGCCAUCUGAAUAAAACAACCCAUAGCUUGGAGAGGAUUUUUGAUGGGUGGCCUUUGGUUAUAAGGGAACAGAUUUUUAAAUGAGUUGAUUCAUUGUACACCACCUCUAUGAUGGUUGUUCUUCCACUCUUUAGAGACACUUGUAUGCGCAUUCAGAUGAUAAAUGUGCAUGCAUAGGCUAGUCAGAUAAACAGUGAACGUUUUCAGUGUUAAGUUACCACUAAAUGGUGUUUUGUAAAGAAUAUUUUUAUCCUACCCUGUCACCUAGUGGACAAUUUAAGACAAAACACACUGGUUUUAUUGCAGUGUAAGUGACAUGUUUAUAACUUGGAUUCGAAUGUCAUGAUGUUUCAUUAGUCCUACUACAUAUAAUGUAUGCCAGUGCUGCAUGAGAAAGUGGUUAAUGUGUACAUUUGACAAGAUUUGUUUCUUGUUCAGUUUUGAAAUAGAUUACAUUUCUAAUGUAAUUCCCUUCAGUAAGGGACAUUGCUUCAAUAUCCUUUGUGUGCAGUGCAUCAUAUGAAGGCCUAGUCUAAACAUUGUCUCCACAACCAUUAUAGUAUUACUUUUUAUAUUGGCUCCAUACAAGUGUAUUUGUAAGUAUGACUGUCUAUUGAAGGAUGCACAAUAAAUGUACAGUUUAUCAAUGUUUUA